GGUAACUGGCAUUUCCUGUACAACCAAAUAUCUUAUAUCGUGCUGCGUUCGCCGAAAUUGGUGUCUUUCUUACAAGCAUGGUAUCCUCAGGCCUUCCUCCCAGCAAUGCCACGAGCGACACCCACAACAACGAUGAUGCUCUCGUCCUUUCAGAUGAUCCACUUCACCCGGCCAACCACAUUUGCGAACUAUGCUACAAAUUCUACGGACAUGGUUGGGUCACGGGCACUGGUGGAGGCAUCUCCAUCAAACGGGAUAACCAUGUCUACAUUGCACCGUCGGGCGUGCAGAAGGAAUUGAUGAAGCCGACGGACAUGUUCGUUAUGGACUAUCAUACGCGAGAAUACCUUCGAAGGCCACAGGUCUUCAAACCCUCCGCAUGCACACCUUUGUUCAUGGCUGCCUUCACCAAACGAGGCGCCUCGUGUUGUAUCCACACCCACUCGCAGUGGGCCGUGCUGGUGACUUUGAUCUGCGAAGCCGGUCUUCAAGAUUCUGGCAAAGACGUCUUCGCACUGAAGGAGAUAGAGCAGAUCAAGGGCAUCUCCCGUGGAGGCACUGGCAGCACCGAGAUUGCCGAAGGUGGGCGAAAAUUGGGAAACCUAGGUUACUUUGACACAUUGAAGAUCCCAAUCAUUGAAAACACGGCGCACGAGGAGGAUCUCAAGGACACCUUGGAGAAAGCGAUCGAGGAGUGGCCGGAGACUUGCGCAGUUCUGGUGCGACGACAUGGAGUCUAUGUUUGGGGCAAAGAUGUCACGCAGGCCAAGACGCAGUGCGAAAGUCUGGACUACAUCUUUCAGCUCGCAGUGGAGAUGCACAAGUUGGGUCUGAAAUGGGUUUGAUGCACAAGUCUGGAGGAGGUGACAUCAGAGCCAUGUCCUAAUGUGAGCCGCUCGCCGGCGUUAAACGCAUCUUCAACAAAGGAAGCCUGAAAAUAGCAUGACUGUUUGCACGUAGAUGUAAACAAUUGAAAGAUAUUGAUUCAAAACUCACGAAUAAAAUGAUUCGAUCGCG